AUGAUUUUGCCAGACAUAUUAAUAAUAUCUUGGUGUUGGGGUAUAAUUGCUCAACAGGAAGUCCUUAGUCAAUCGUUCAGAAACAUCGGACUCGAAGACAACUCACAAAAAAUAUAUUAUGAAGAAUUUAAAUCAAUUUUGGCUGAUCAAAUACGACUUAAUCUGAAAAUUAAAUCAUUUUAUUCAGUUGUGCGUCCUAUUAUUUUAACAUACGUUGCUAUUAAGUCAACAUGUUUCAUAAUUGUAACUUAUGUGUUACUUGCGGUUUGCUUGUCAGAGGAAUCACAUUCUAUUCUCGAAAUUAUCAAGCUUGGAUCAUCAGCUCUGUAUUUAUGCGUACACUUAUUUUUAUAUUGUUAUUUAUUUGACAAUAUGAAUGUUAAAUUACAAUCUGUUAACACUAGCAUAUAUUCUUGUGAUUGGACAAAAAUGGAUGUAAAAUUUAAAAAGUUAUUAUUAUUAACGAUGCAGAUGAAUAAUGCCAAUAAUUUAAUGAUAAAAGCUUCGCCGAAAAAAAUCGUUAACCUACAAUUAUUUGCUAACAUUGUAACGAUGUCUUACAAUAUUGUUUCCGUCAUGCUGAAAAUCACAGGUUAAAAUAAUCAAAUUUCGAGAUAGAUCUAAAUGUUCAAGCA